GCGCGCGCACGCGCACGGCCGCCUCCCGGCGGGCUUUGCGCGCGGCACCGCCCCUGCCGCGCUCCGGGCCGGGCGGGGAAGAUGGCGGCGGGGCCCGGGAAGCACAAGCUGCUGAGCGCCGGCCCCACCGAGCCCUGGUCCAUCCGCGAGAAGCUCUGCCUGGCCUCCUCCGUCAUGCGCAGCGGCGACCAGAACUGGGUCUCAGUCAGCAGAGCCAUCAAACCUUUUGCAGAGCCAGGACGCCCGCCUGAUUGGUUUUCCCAAAAGCACUGUGCAUCUCAGUACUCAGAGCUCUUGGAGACCACAGAAACCCCGAAAAGAAAACGUGGUGAGAAGGGAGAAGUUGUGGAAACAGUGGAAGAUGUUAUUGUGCGGAAACUGACUGCAGAGCGUGUUGAGGAGUUGAAGAAAAUUAUUAAAGAAACACAGGAAAAAUAUAGGCAACUCAAGAAGGAUGCAGAGCUGAUCCAGGCCGGACACAUGGAUAACAGACUGGAGGAGCUGUGCAAUGAGAUUAUGAUAAAGAAAAAAAUGGAAGAGGAGGAGGCAGAAGUCAAGAGGAAGGCUACAGAUGCUGCUUAUCAGGCUCGCCAGGCCAUUAAGAACCCACCUCGAAGGCUGACAGGGGUGAUGGUUCGUUCUCCUGCUGGCUCCACCUCCCCGGGCGGGGAUUAUUCCCUCGGAGAUCUGUCCCAGCCCGCUGGGGAUGAGGCCAGUCCAGGGGUCACGCCAGGGACAUUGCCCAGCACCCCAGUUGCCUCCUUCAUUGGAAUCCCUGACACCCCUCCAGGCUCUGCUCCCCUGGAUGCCCCCAUGACCCCAGUCACUGAUGAUUCACCCCAGAAAAAGAUGCUAGGACAAAAAGCAACUCCGCCUCCUUCCCCUCUGCUCUCAGAGCUGCUGAAGAAGGGCAGUCUCCUGCCCACAAGCCCCAGGCUGGUCGGUGAAAAUGAAAUGGCAGUGGCUUCUGGUCACAUGAACAGCUCUGGAGUGCUGCUGGAGGUAGGAAGUGUCCUUCCAGUGCUGCACAGUGGGGAAAUGCAGUCAGCACCUGGUGCUGUCCCUGCAUCUCCAGCUGCUUCAGGUGCUCCUACGCUUUCCCGGCUUUUAGAAGCUGGUCCUGCACAGUUCACCUCACCUCUUGCUUCCUUCUCCGCUGUUGCCAGCGAGCCUCCAGCUAAGCUCCUGCCACCCCCCGUAGAGCCUGUGUCCCAGGCCACUAUUGUCAUGAUGCCCACGCUGUCAGCACCAGCCGUUGUGCCACCAGCUGCAGAAAGCGUAGCCACAGUGAGCCAGCCAGAAGCCUGUGUUUCCAUGGAGGCAGUGUCUGAUUCCCAUACUGUGACAGUGUCUAUGGACAGCAGUGAAAUAUCAAUGAUCAUUGAUUCCAUCAAGAAAGAGUGCCUGGGUUCUGGGGCUGGCAGCACUGCAGGAUCUUCCAAAGAUCACUGCAUGGAUGGGAAAGAAGAUCUGGAUUUGGCUGAAAAAAUGGAUAUUGCAGUGUCCUAUACGGGGGAAGAGCUGGACUUUGAUACGGUUGGAAAUAUUAUAGCCAUCAUUGAGGACAAGGUAGACGACCACCCUGAAGUCCUGGAUGCAGCAGUUGUUGAAGCUGCUCUGUCUUCUUUCUGUGAAGAUACUGAUGAUCCUCAGACCCUUCCUGGCCCAUGGGAACAUUCAAUUCGUCAGGAGCAUGAGAAACAGGCCCAGAUGCCACAAGUGUCUGUGACUGUGAAGCAGGAGAGACUGGAGUGCGAGGAGCCAGAGGCAAAGGGAAUUCGAGACCUAAUGGGCAUCAGUGAGCUGGGGUCAGAAAUAAAGACUGAACUUGCAGAGCAGGACCAGAAUCAGCUGGGCCCUGAAGAAACCAUACCAGCAACCUCAAGAGUGACAGAAACACCAGAGCUUAGAAACCAAGAGAUAGAAGAAGACCAAAGAGCAGCUGUAGCAUCAGGAGAGACUUCUGAAAUCAAGAUAGAGUCAUCCCAGGCAGAAGAUACAGUGCUCAAUCCAGUGAAGACAGAGACCCCACCUGAUGAUGAUUCAUCCCCUCCACAAGUCCCAAAUGUGAGUGAAGACUCCUCACAGGCUGAUGUUCAGCACAAAUUUGAGCUGUCAGAGUCAAUGAAGGAGGAAGCCCAAGCCCUGUUUAGGAGUCAGAUGAAGGAUGGGCAGGGUGAGGAGGAUGAUGAGGACGGUGCCAGUGAGGCUGCCAGUUUGGAGGAACCCAAAGAAGAAGACCAGGGUGAGGGGUAUCUCUCAGAGAUGGAUAACGAGCCCCCGGUGAGCGAGAGCGACGACGGCUUCAGCGUCCACAACGCGCCCUUGCAGUCGCACGCGCUCGCCGACUCCAUCCCCAGCAGCCCGGCGUCCUCGCAGUUCUCAGUGUGCAGUGAAGACCAGGAAGCGAUACAGGCUCAGAAGAUCUGGAAGAAAGCCAUCAUGCUGGUUUGGAGAGCAGCAGCUAAUCACAGGUAUGCCAAUGUCUUCUUGCAGCCUGUAACAGAUGACAUAGCACCAGGCUACCACAGCAUCGUGCAGAGGCCAAUGGAUUUAUCUACCAUCAAAAAGAACAUUGAGAACGGGCUGAUCCGAACCACAGCCGAGUUCCAGCGGGAUAUUAUGCUGAUGUUUCAGAAUGCAGUGAUGUACAACAGCUCUGACCAUGAUGUGUACCACAUGGCUGUGGAGAUGCAGAGAGAUGUCCUGGAGCAGAUCCAGCAAUUUCUGGCCACACAACUGAUGAUGCAAACAUCAGAGUCAGGGAUCAGUGCAAAGAGCCUGCGGGGGCGAGACUCCACUCGCAAGCAGGAUGCUUCAGAGAAGGACAGUGUCCCAAUGGGCUCUCCUGCCUUCCUUCUCUCUCUCUUUAUGGGCCAUGCCUGGAAGUCUGAGUUGGAAUCUCCCAUCGAGUCAGAGAACAGUGAUUUCCAGUCUCUUCCUGACUGGGAUUCAAGCUUGGAUCUGGAUGUGACAAGCUGGAGAAAUCAUGAAGAGGAGGCCGUGGGGAAGGUAGAGGGGAGCAGCCCAGAGGCAGACCAUGAGAUGGAGCUGCGUGAGCCUCUCUGGAAGAAUGGUAGUGAAGAUAACCAUGAGGCAGAGAAGCCAUGUGAAAGUGACAGUUUUUUCCAGUUCCUCUUGGAGGUAACCCAGAUGUUGGAAUCUCUCUGCAUUGGCAGCACAGAGUCGUCGCAGACUCCGUGGGAUUAUUGUGGCUCAGGGAAGUGGAGUGAUGGGGAAGAAGAGAAGUGCCAGGAAAAGACCACAGGAACAGCAGUCUCGGGAGCAGAGGGAGCUCAACUGCACAUCCUGGCAAAAGAUGAGGAAGAACACUUCCUGGGAAGAGAGGGCAAGACUCAAGAGACACCUGGAGAACUCCCUGUAGAUGAGCUGCAUCCUCCUGAGAUGAGUGCUCAGGCCCUGGAUCAGGAUGACAGUGACAGCACCUCUGCAGACUCAGUGCUGGACUCCACAGGCUCUCCCAACAUGCACCUGCUGCAGCCAAGCUGGAAUAAACCCCUCCAGCACCUGAUCCUCAAAAAAAAGCUCCUGUCCAUCUGGAGGAUGAUAGCCAGCCACAGGUUCAGCAGCCCGUUCCUGAAGCCAGUGUCAGAGAAACAAGCCCCUGGAUACAGGGAUGUGGUAAAGAGACCCAUGGAUUUAAGCAGCAUAAAGAGGAGGCUGUCAAAGGGACACAUUCAGUCCGUGAUGCAGUUCCAGUGUGACGUGAUGCUCAUGUUCCAGAACGCCGUGAUGUACAACAACUCCAACCACCGCGUGUUCCACGUGGCUGUGGAGAUGCAGCGAGAGGUCUUGGAGCAGCUGCAGGUCUUGGCUGAAGCCCUCCUGUUGUCUAGGGACAGGCUGGAAUGAGGCAGAAGGUAACCAGCCCUGCCUGAGGCCUCUCUCAGCUAAAACAGCAUUGUCUCCGUGGGUCAGGGCAUCUCCUGAGCUCAGGGGAUGUGCUGCUGUGGCCUUGGGUAGAUAUUCUCCCCAGUGCUGGCUGCUGGGUUAAUAGGUUGAUUCAGAGCAGUUUUUGUGAGGGUACCAUGUUGGAAGCCUCCAUUCUUUUUGGGAAAAGCAGCGAUGUAGCCCUGCAGGAAGAAAAGUUCCCUGGGAUGAAAAGCAAGGGAGAAAAUGCUGUGUGUGGCCAGGUGGAUGAAGCGGGCGCAGCUGCUGAGGGUGGCUGGCUGCACACCGGGCACGGCAGCAUUCCCGUGUGGAGGUUGUUGUGAUCUUGUGUUGGGUCGGGUGGGUCCGGCGUUAGCAGCACUGACCACACCCAAUAAAGGCCCGUGUUGGAGCUUG